CCCCUCUGUUUUCGUUUUCAAAUAAUUCCUUUAUCUAGUUAUCUUGGUUCAGAAUUUCUUCCAAGUUUAUAGCCAGCCAGCCUAAUUUUAGGUUUUUGAUUUUGACAGUUAUCUUAAAUCAAUUCCCAAGUCUCAGUUUUUAAGAUUUGCGAUUUUCAUUUGUUUUUUCUCUUCUUCUUCUUCUCUGUUCCAAAAAAAAACAGAAUUUUGUAAAUUGGGGAAUGACAAUGGAAUCGACAACGAAGGUAACAGAAUCGACAACAUCGCUGAUCCUUACAUCAGGAGCAAGUGGACGUGUAAAUGCGUUGUUAUCGUUAAGAGCAGUUAAACGAUUGUUAAUGUUGGUUUACACAAUUAUGUUGUUUUUACUCCUUCCACUAACAAGAGUUAGGAGACGAACGAUGAUGGUGGUUGGUGAAAGCGAUGAGAAUGUCUGUCACCGGAAAUCAUUAUCUUCUGUUUCUUCUACGGUGAAAAGGAAUCGGAGAGUUUAUAAUGUUAAUAGUGAUGAUAAUGAGGAUGAUUGUAAAACUUCUGUUGCUAGUAAGGAGAUUGUGGUUUUGGAAGAUUUUGAUGUUGUGACGAGAAGAGCAAUUUCGAUUAAGAGAGUGACUCAAGAUGAUGAUGAUGAUUGUGAUACUGUUAGAGAAGCUUGUUUGUUUGGUAAUUCUAGAGGUGAAACUUUGUUUACGCAAUCUUGGACUCCUGCUUCUGUUAAAGUCAAGGGAUUGGUGGUUCUUCUCCAUGGCUUAAACGAACACAGCGGGAGAUACAACGAUUUUGCGAAGCAACUAAAUGCUAAUGGAUUUAAAGUGUUUGGGAUGGAUUGGAUUGGACAUGGUGGAAGUGAUGGUUUACAUGGUUACGUAUAUUCCCUUGAUGCUGCAGUCAACGACCUGAAAGCAUUCAUUGAGAAGGUGUUGGCAGAAAACCCGGGACUUCCUUGUUUUUGCUUUGGACACUCAACAGGUGGUGCCAUUGUUCUGAAGGCAGUGCUCGACCCCAAGAUUGAGACACGCAUUCAGGGUGUUGUGUUGACCUCACCUGCUGUAGGAGUUCAACCUUCGCAUCCAAUAUUUGGGGUGCUUGCUCCAAUCUUUUCGUUCUUGUUACCGAAAUAUCAAUUUAGUGCUGCAAACAAGAAUGGCCUGACCGUGUCUCGAGAUCCGGAUGCCUUAAUUGCCAAAUAUUCAGACCCACUUGUCUAUACAGGUUCUAUCAGGGUCAGAACAGGAGCAGAAAUCCUCCGCAUUUCAUCCUUCUUGCAGGAGAGGAUGAGUAAGAUAACCAUCCCAUUUUUUGUUCUUCAUGGGACUGCUGACGCUGUAACGGAUCCAAAUGGCUCCAGAAGAUUGUAUGAAAAAGCUGCUUCAACUGACAAGUCCAUUAAACUUUAUGAUGGAUUAUUGCAUGAUCUUCUUUUUGAACCUGAAAGGGAAGUUAUUAGGAAUGACAUCAUUGAAUGGUUAACCUCUAGAAUUAAAUAGUACCGUCUCAUCUUCAAGUUACUGCCAAGGAAAGCACAACAGCUACAUGAUGUUAAUGUGGCGUAAGAUUUCUGGGUUUUGCCGCUUCAAUGUCCGCCUCUAACCGGUUGCACUUAGGCGAUAUUUUAUGCCGAAAAUCUAGCUCAAUGAGCUAAAAAUGAUUGGCGUCGCGGUUGGUUGGAAUUUUGAUGUUGUUGACUUGAUGUAACUUGUUGUAAUAACUGAACAUGAAUAGGGUAUGGAUUGGAGUGAAAAUGGGAUAAUAAGGCAUUUAGAGCAAGUUUCAGAGUUAAAAAUUUCCCUGGUCCAUCCAGGGACCAGUUUCGAUCUCGAACAGUCUUUGGUGCAAGGAUUGUAUUCUGAUUUUAUAGAGCAUGUUCAGUUCAAUUUGCCUCGAAGCAUGUUUUUGUCAUGUAAUAAACUCAAAAUUUACCAGUUGAUCCAACAUUUGCAGCUAAUUUUUUUUUACCAA